GUUGGAUCAGUUCUUCCUUUCUUUCAACCUGUGCCGGGGGGACAUUCCCAUGCUGGGGGAUAUGCCAAUUUGCAGCAGGUGCCGGAAUGGAGGCUUUUCUCUGAGACCCCCUCAUCCCACAAAGAUUGGAAGAAGAAGUUUUGCUACAUUCGGAUGGCCGAGAAUCCGUUCCCGGGGACCCUACGCGAUCAUUUCCAGAGACACCCGAAGGUGGGCAACGCAACCCUCGACAGGGUUGGCAAGAAGCUUACUGCUAAGACAGAGGGUUCCGAUAAAGUUAUUGCCAUCAAGGCAGCCACCCUCCCGGAGGAGCUGUACUUGUUAGGCUUCCGGCGAUAUCGACUAAUGGGGGAAAAGGACGAGAAGUACCCCAUGAUUGAUCGGGGGUACCAAAGUGCCGGAGGUGCUCACCGAAGGCUCUCUUAUUCUGUACUUAGAAAUGUUUUGUCUUUCUUCUUCGUUGUCACAAUAUAACCCUUGUAUUCUUCUUUUUCAGGCCAAGUUAUGGACGUGAGGUCAUACGCUGCGUUGAAGAAGAAACUCGCUAAGGAGCCAAAGAAGAAGAAGGAGGCGGGGACCUAGAAACCCGUCGAUGAGUUUUUCAAGAAAGAUGAGGUUGCCCAGGUUCCGGAGGGCGAAGGGCCCUCGAAGAUCGAUGUCGGCGGUGCUGAUGCUGAAGGCUCCAAGGUGGAGGAGCUUAAGCGAAAGAAUGACGGGAAGGGUGUCAUGCCUCCGCAGAAGAGGAAGAAAAAAGGGGCCGCUGAGAAGAAGGAUGCCCCCGUCAUUGUUGUUGAGGAGCGCUCUCCUUCGAGGUCUCCGGUUGUCGCUCCCCCUCCCUCACCCCGGCCCCAUGUUAGUGAGGAGCCCAACAUCGUCGAGAUCGUUCAGUUCCCCAUCAAGGCGGGGGACCGGCGUAUGCGAGACACGUUGCACCCCGUCGGGUUUUUAAGGUGUGUGAUGUCUUCGACCGAAAAGACUGUGCUGGCUCAGAUGGAGGAUGCAAUCCUCGAUUACCAGGUCGCCAGCUAUAGCAGUAUGGCUACCUUGGCUGCUUCCGAGCAAGCCCGAAGGGCGGAGCAGUUGAGGAUUGCGAAGGCCCAUUCGGACGAGGCCCUUAAGAAGUUUGAUAAUGAGAAUGCCUCCCUUCGGAGAAAGCUCGAUGAAGCUGAGAAGACCCUCCGGCUGGAAAAGGAGGCGUUCCAGAAAAUCCUUGAGAACAACAAGGUGGUGGCCAAGGCUGAGGGAAGGCCGAGGCUGAGAGAUUUGCUGCCGAGGCUGCUAAAAUUGCCGCUGAGAAGGCCGAGGAUGCCAGAAAGGAGGCGGUCCUCCAAGCUGAGAAAGACGCGAUUUCCGCCUUCGUCGCCAGAGGGUGGAAAGCUGGGGAUCAUAAGCAAUGGUUGUCUUCGGUGGUGGAGGCUACUGUCGAUGAUUGGGUUGGCGGCCCUGGUGCUGAAUGGCUUGCCUGGAAGGGUAAGGAUUAUUAUGACGGUGGUGAAUUCUUCACCCAGAAGCUGAUCUACUGACGGCUGGCUAGGCACCUGAAGAUUGAGCUAAAAGAGUUUGACCCGGCGACAUAUGGCCUUCCUCCCCUGCAGCCGGAUGUUAGAGUUCCCCUCCCUCCGGACGUUGAGCGUCCAGACCUUGAGGACUCGGAGCUGAUGCAAGAGGGCAACGAUGAUGAAGAAAAAGCUGGGGAGGAAGCCACUUCGAAGCCGAAAGAGGAUGUCGUCGGAGAUGCUAAAGCUUAAGACUUUUCCUAAGUAUAAUUCCUUGUAAUAGAUUGUAGGUCUCCGGCCUCUUCCGUCAAUGUAAACAAACACCUUUUAUGGUUGAAUUCUUCCUGAAUGAAUGACGUGCCUUCGGGCUUUUUGUUAUUGAUGGCUUUGAUCCUUAUCUGUUUUUAAUCUCCUUGUACGCUUUCGUCCCUUCGCCUGUGUGUGUGAAUGUGUGCUUCGUUUUCUUUCAUGUGUUUGUUCGAAGGCCAAAGGUUUGUGGACUUAGAAAAUUUUCUAAGUAUUUGUGGUCUUAGGGAAUAAGUCCUCGGGUAACUUUCGCUUAGCCGAAGGGUUCCCUUUGUGGACUUAGAAAGAUUUAGAGAUUGUUCUUCAAUAGUUCUAGUGACUAGCCCUCGGUCAUGGUUGAGCCCUUAAGUGGCUCAACUUCCAUUUAGCAUGUAGGAGGCUUGCCUUCGGCUAGAAGCCAGCCAGCAACAUUGAAGUCAUGGGCUUCCCGAGGGGUCUCAAAUUGUGGACUUAGCCAAAUUCCCACAAUGUUUCAACAAAUGUCGUGGUAAGCCAUCGGAUGCAGGGGGUUUAGUGAGCCUCUCGUUGUAGGGAACUUCCUUGCUAUGGACUUAGGAAAUUCCUGGGUUUGUUCAACAAUCCAUAUGGCAAGCCCUCGGUUGGGUGAGCCCCAUGAAUUCGCCUGUAAGCCGAGGGGUCUCCAAUAGGAAAUUUAGGAGAAUUUUGCCUUUGUAGUUUGUAGGAUGAUAGCCUUCACAGGAAUUUGUCCUUGAUGUAUAUAGCCAUUUGAUACGGGGAUGCCUUCGGGCUUCGGACUUAGUUUUGUUGAUUUGGACUUAGAGUAUCCCCGCAUUUGCUUUGGGUGCCUUCGGAGGAAUGGCCUUCAACAUGAGGUAUUAGUCGAAGUUUGGACUUAGCCAAAUUUUGGUGAGUUUGUUGUGUUCUGAAGCCUUUGGUCAUAUAGGUGAAUGCCCUUGGACUGAGAGAGUUCCCCACAUUUGCUUUGGAGAGCCUCCGGGAAAUCUUCCAAGGACUUCCUUCGUAUAACGAAAC